GAAGCCUAGGAAAAACCAGGUAGCAGACGAAGUGAAAUAGAAGGACAGACGGGACGCAGACUAAAAUCUCUCGCUGAAGAAGAAAAAGAGAAAAGAUGAAUACAGAUAUCACAGCAUCCGCUAAACCAGAGUACCCGGUCAUAGAUCGCAAUCCUCCAUUCACUAAGGUCGUCGGUAACUUCAACUUUCUCGAUUACUGCCGUUUCUCCACCAUUACGGGCGUCUCCGUCACCGUCGGCUACCUCUCUGGGAUCAAGCCAGGGAUAAGGGGGCCGUCAAUGGUUACUGGAGGACUGAUAGGCCUUAUGGGAGGUUUCAUGUAUGCUUAUCAAAACUCGGCAGGUCGACUCAUGGGGUUUUUCCCUAAUGAGGGUGAGGUUGCUCAGUACCAGAAACAUGGUUUCAAGAAUUAGGAUUUCGAUGGUUCUAUUACUGAAUGAUUUUCGCAAAUGAAAAGAAAAAAUAGAUUUAAGAUCUCUCUUUGUUAGCAUAAUUUCGAAGAUGAUUAUGGUAAUAAUUGGAUCAUCUUUUGCUCUUGAUUCCAUUUUGAUACUCAAUCUUGCUUAAUUUAGAUGUCAAAUUGGGUUAUGGACCAAUAUUAGGCGCAUUUCUAGUUCUCUUUCUAUUGAUGUACUUUGUAUUAUAUAUGUUUGAUCCUGCAUUGUGCUUA